GAGUUCCUGAGGAUUCUUCUGUUUUUCCUGAAACUCCUGUAUAGCCGGGCGCUCAUCUCCACUUUUCUGCACACCUGAAGCUCUGACAGCAGCAUGCAACAACCGGGCCGGCUGAGGCUGAGGCCGUGGCUGGAAGAGCAGAUUCAGUCUGGGAGGUAUCCGGGAGUCAGCUGGCUGGACCAGUCAGCACAAAUCUUCCAAAUCCCGUGGAUUCACGCCGCUCGUCACGGAUGGAGCAUUGACAGAGAUGCUACGCUGUUCAGGAGCUGGGCCGUGCAUACCGGACGAUACCGUCCUGGCAAGGACCAGCCAGAUCCCAAGACGUGGAAGGCCAAUUUCCGCUGCGCCGUCAAUUCGCUCCCUGACAUUUGUGAGCUGCGGAAGCACAGCAAGAAGAGGGGCAGCAACGCCUACAGAGUCUACAGGAUGCUGCCCAGCACCAAGACGCACAGACGCACGAGAGGGUUGCGGUUGCUCGGCCGGCCUCGAGAGAGACAGGCGAGUUUAGGCGACGACGCAAACGCAACGCACUCUUGUCCCCCCGCGGCGAGACCCGUUGCGGUCACGACACAGAAGCUGGAGAGCGCUGUGUGGAGAUAUACGGAGACAAACCCACAGGACUGCAGCAAACAGACAGUAUUUAUAUGAACAUCCCAAGAAUAUUGUAUCAGGGAAGACAUUUUAGUAUCAAGUAUCCAAAUAUGCAGUGAAU